AAACCAAUUGUCAGAUCACUAGGGAAUUCUCAUUUGAAACCUAUUGUCAGAUUAUUAGGGAUUUCUUAUCUGAAACCAAUUAUAAGAUCACUGGGGAAUUCUUAUCUGAAACCAAUUAUAAGAUCACUGGGGAAUUCUUAUCUGAAACCAAUUAUAAGAUCACUGGGGAAUUCUUAUCUGAAACCAAUUAUAAUAUCACUGGGGAAUUCUUAUCUGAAACCAAUUAUAAGAUCACUGGGGAAUUCUUAUCUGAAACCAAUGAUUAGAUCACUAGGGAAAUCUUAUCUGAAACCAAUUAUAAGAUCACUAGGGAAUUCUUAUCUGAAACCAAUUAUAAGAUCACUGGGGAAUUCUUAUCUGGAACCAGUUAUAAGAUCACUGGGGAAUUCUCAUCUGAAACCUAUUGUCAGAUCAUUAGGGAAUUCUCAUUUGAAACCAAUUGUCAGAUCACGAGGGACUUCCUAUCUGAAACCAAUGAUCAGAUCACGAGGGACUUCCUAUCUGAAACCAAUGAUCAGAUCACUAGGGAAUUCUUAUCUGAAACCAAUUAUAAGAUCACUGGGGAAUUCUUAUCUGAAACCAAUGAUCAGAUCACUGGGGAAUUCUUAUCUGAAACCAAUUAUAAGAUCACUGGGGAAUUCUUAUCUGAAACCAAUUAUAAGAUCACUGGGGGAUUCUUAUCUGAAACCAAUUAUAAGACCACUAGGGAAUUCUUAUCUGAAACCAAUUAUAAGAUCACUGGGGAAUUCUUAUCUGAAACCAGUUAUAAGAUCACUGGGGAAUUCUCAUCUGAAACCUAUUGUCAGAUCAUUAGAGAAUUCUCAUCUGAAACCAAUUAUAAGAUCAAUGGGGAAUUCUUAUCUGAAACCAAUGAUCAGAUCACUGGGGAAUUCUUAUCUGAAACCAAUUAUAAGAUCACUGGGGAUUUCUUAUCUGAAACCAAUGAUCAGAUCACUAGGGAAUUUUUAUCUGAAACCAAUUAUAAGAUCACUGGGGAAUUUUUAUCUGAAACCAAUUAUAAGAUCACUGGGGAAUUCUUAUCUGAAACCAAUUAUAAGAUCACUGGGGAUUCUUAUCUGA